AAAAGCCCGGAGGGGAGAAAGCCUGCCCAGAACCGUAACGCGCGCAGCUCUGCUUUUCGCCUUGCUUCUCGGCGGGCGGGCGGGCCCCCGGCGCCGAUCAGCGCGGAGAGGGGCCAGCACGGAGAGCCCAGUCCCAGCCUGGCCACCUCGGAGCCCUGCUGCCAAAAAAUUCCUGCUGCCAUCCUCCGACCUCCUCUCAGCACGGGACAAGGAUGGAGGAAGCUUUUGGCUCCCGCCUCUAUGUCUGUUUGGCUAUGCUCGUCUUCCUGCCCUCCCUGAGCCUAGCACAGUAUGAGAGCUGGCCCUACCAGCUCCAGUACCCUGAGUACUUCCAGCAGCCGGCUCCCGAGCACCAUCAGCGCCAGGUGCCCUCUGAUGUGGUCAAGAUCCAGGUGCGCCUGGCGGGCCAGAAGAGGAAGCAUAAUGAAGGCCGAGUGGAGGUCUAUUAUGAAGGCCAGUGGGGCACUGUGUGUGAUGAUGACUUCUCCAUCCAUGCCGCCCACGUGGUCUGCCGGGAAGUGGGUUAUGUGGAAGCCAAGUCCUGGACUGCCAGCUCCUCCUACGGCCCAGGGGAAGGGCCCAUCUGGUUGGACAAUACCCACUGCACUGGGAAAGAGGCAACCCUGGCAGCCUGCUCCUCCAAUGGCUGGGGUGUCAGCGACUGUAAGCACACGGAAGAUGUCGGUGUGGUGUGCAGUGAGAAAAGGAUCCCUGGGUUCAAAUUUGACAACUCAUUGAUCAACCAAAUAGAGAGCCUAAACAUACAGGUGGAAGACAUCCGGAUUCGGCCCAUCCUUUCUGCCUUCCGCCAUCGCAAGCCUGUGACUGAGGGCUACGUGGAGGUGAAGGAGGGCAGGGCCUGGAAGCAGAUCUGUAACAAGCACUGGACGGCCAAGAAUUCCCACGUGGUCUGUGGCAUGUUUGGCUUUCCUGCCGAGAAGAACUACAACCCCAAAGCCUACAAAACCUUUGCCUCAAGGAGGAAGCUGCGCUAUUGGCAGUUUUCCAUGAACUGCACGGGCACCGAAGCUCACAUCUCCAGCUGCAAGCUGGGCCCUUCAGUGUCCCGGGACCCUGUGAAGAAUGCCACCUGUGAGAAUGGACAGCCAGCUGUGGUCAGUUGUGUACCUAGCCAGAUCUUCAGCCCUGAUGGACCCUCAAGGUUCCGAAAAGCCUACAAGCCAGAGGACCGUGUGUCCCUCCAGCAACCCUUGGUGCGGCUGAGAGGAGGAGCCCAGGUCGGGGAGGGCCGAGUGGAGGUGCUCAAGAAUGGCGAAUGGGGAACCGUCUGCGAUGACAAGUGGGACCUGGUAUCUGCCAGUGUGGUCUGCAGAGAGCUUGGCUUCGGGACUGCUAAAGAGGCUGUCACGGGCUCCAGGCUGGGCCAAGGGAUUGGACCCAUCCACCUCAAUGAGGUCCAAUGCACAGGGACCGAGAAGUCCAUCAUAGACUGCAAACUCAACACGGAGUCUCAAGGCUGCAACCACGAGGAAGAUGCUGGUGUGCGAUGCAACAUUCCCAUCAUGGGCUUCCAGAAAAAGGUGCGCCUGAAUGGAGGCCGCAAUCCCUACGAGGGCCGAGUUGAGGUACUAACAGAGAGGAAUGGGUCCCUUGUGUGGGGGACCGUAUGCGGCCAGAACUGGGGCAUCGUGGAGGCCAUGGUGGUCUGCCGGCAGCUGGGCCUGGGCUUUGCCAGCAACGCCUUCCAGGAAACCUGGUAUUGGCAUGGAAAUAUCUUUGCUAACAAAGUGGUCAUGAGUGGAGUGAAGUGCUCAGGAACGGAGCUCUCCCUGGCACACUGCCGCCAUGAUGAGGAGGUGGCCUGCCCCGAGGGUGGGGUGCGGUUCGGUGCUGGAGUCGCCUGCUCAGAAACUGCCCCUGACCUGGUGCUUAAUGCUGAGAUUGUACAACAGACGGCCUACCUGGAGGACAGGCCCAUGGCCCUGCUGCAGUGUGCCAUGGAGGAGAACUGCCUCUCAGCCUCCGCAGUCCACACCAACCCCACCACAGGCUACCGUCGCCUUCUGCGGUUCUCCUCCCAGAUCCACAACAACGGCCAGUCUGACUUCCGCCCCAAGAAUGGCCGCCACGCGUGGAUUUGGCAUGACUGCCACAGGCACUACCACAGCAUGGAAGUAUUCACUUACUAUGACCUGCUCAGCCUCAACGGCACCAAGGUGGCUGAGGGCCACAAGGCCAGCUUCUGCCUGGAGGACACGGAGUGUGAGGGAGACAUUCAGAAAAGUUACGAGUGCGCCAACUUCGGAGAGCAAGGCAUCACCAUGGGCUGCUGGGACAUGUACCGCCAUGACAUCGACUGCCAGUGGGUAGACAUCACCGAUGUGCCCCCCGGAGACUACCUGUUCCAGGUUGUCAUUAACCCUAACUACGAGGUGCCGGAGUCAGAUUUCUCUAACAACAUCAUGAAGUGCAGGAGCCGCUACGACGGCUACCGCAUCUGGAUGUACAACUGUCACGUCGGUGGAGCCUUCAGUGAGGAGACAGAACAAAAGUUUGAACACUUCAGUGGACUUCUAAAUAAUCAGCUCUCUGUGCAGUAAAGACGACCCCGGGCCAGGCAUGAUGGCUCAUGCCUGUAAUCCCUGCACUUGGGCUGAGGCAGGAGGAUUGCCACCAGACUUCCACUCUGGAAAUUAGACCAAACUUCUGUUUCAAAAAUGAAGAGAGAGAGAGAGAGAGAGAGAGAAAGAAAAAGAAAAAAAGAAGAAAAAUGACUUAAUGGUCACCUACCGAGACACUUUAGUGUCUCAGGGAUAGAUGGGAGGGUAUCAAUUGCCACCUCCCUGCUAGCCAUCUCCAUCUGAGAAGAAAGGUGCUCAUUCAUUCAUUCAGCAGGCACUGCCGCCUGUCCCUGCCCUGAGGCCUCAGGGGCAGGGGUUCUGGCACACGGCUAUGGGAACUGGAGGGUAAGCUAUGAGCAGCUUACCCCAUCCAAGCUUUGGCAUCUCCUACGUGUGACAUCACCACGCUCUGCACAGAUGGGCCAUUUUCUUCUGGAGAUGUGGCAGGUGUGAACUUAGCAACUGCAGAGGUGGUCAAGCUAAAUUCCAUUUUCCCCCUUCUUAGGUCAUUUCUGGAAAACUUGAAUAUCAAGACCUCUGUACUAAGUAUUUUUUUUCCUCAUUGUACAAACACACUUCUUGACAAAAUCAACUUGAAAAAGAAGGCUUUAUUUGGGCUCUCAGUCCGUUGUGCGUGGCAAAGAAGGCAUUGCAGCAGGAGCACUGAAGCAUCUGGUUUCAGGCUCACUAAACAGCUGACGAUGACCUUGAACUUCUGAUCCUCCUGCUUCCACCUCCAGAGUGCUGGGGAUCAAACCCAGGACUUCACACAUGUAAGGCAACGCACCCUUUAACAGUUAACAGCUGCUUUCUCGGCUCUCACCGUUCUCGGCUGCUGUAAACUUGUACGUGUUCUUUUCUUUACCGAACUGCACAGUUUUCCAUAUCUUUCUGCUCCACUUGCUUAAUCAUUUUUACUUGGGCCUGAAUAAGAGCAGUGAGGUGGAACUGUACCACAGCCUGAAUGCCAUUCCUGUCUUAAAAUGUCCUCCGCCAAACAAAUUAGUUCAUCAUUCUUGAGUUCCGACUCACUCGAGUGCUCAGAACCAGGCAGGGUGCUGCUGGAUCCUGGCCAGGGUGUGACAUGACUGGCUUUUAGCUCCGUUCUAGAUAGCCCUUGAAACCUCAGGUACCAGGCCUCCACUGUCCACAUUUCUCUAGGCAUUCUGGGCCUUCCAAACUCCCACCAGAAUAACCCAUUCAGAUCUGUUCUCAGCACUCUAGGGCUUUUCAGGCCCAAAGUUCCAAGCUCGGGAACGCUACAGCCAUGCUUAUCACCCCCUCACAGUAUAAAUCUGCAUUCAUUAAUUGUUCUCAUUACUAUUACAACAUACUUGACAAAACAAAGUACAAAUCUGUAUUAGUUAACUUUUCUCAUUACUAUCACAAUAUACUUGACAAAAGCAACUCAAGGGAAGGUUAGUUUGGGCUUACAGUUCAAGAGUGCAGCCUACCAUACUGGGAAAUGUGUGGUAGCGGGUGCAGGAGGCAGGAUUAUGAAUGCUGGUGCUCCCCUCGCUUACACCUUCGUAGUCAGCCUACAUCCCCAGCCCAUGGAAUGGUGCUACUGCUGUGUUGGGGAUGCCUUCCUUCUAUUAAACCUCUUCUGGAAGCACCCCCAUAGAUCCACCUACAGGUGUGUUUCCACAGUGGUUCUAGAACCCACCUAGGUGACCAUCAAGGUUAUCUUUAACAACCUCUUCUUAAACCGACUUCUGUAUUCCGCGCAACAAUAGCCACAAUUUAAAGAACAAUAAAGCCAUACAUUCCAAGACUCCGAGGGGAAGACUGGAGAUUUGGAUGGUUCUGAGACAGGAUAGGAGGGGACGUGGAAGGGGCCCUUCAACUCAGAGUCUGGUUGAAGCUUUUGCCAGUUGAGAAUCCCAACCCGGAUGACAACAUUGUCAAUGGUGCUAAUACAGAGACAGUAUUCCUUUUAUGUAGAUAUUUCAAGUGAGUAUGUUGCAAUAGCAAGGAAUCAUGCUGAAGGCUUUUUAAAUGGCCUCUCUCCUUUCCUAGCUGUAAACAUACAGUUUCCUAGAACUUCACCCAAAACCCCAUCUACAGGAAAAGCCAUAUCUCAAGAUCCUUAGGCUACCCUUCUGACCCAUGGUUUCAUCUUACCACCUCGGGUGCCACCCCAUAAUCUCAGUAUCAAAAAGGGGAAGAGAUUGGGGGGUGGAACUUAGAAACCCAUCAAGCAAUACCAAAGACUUCCGAACUCCUGUGUACAGCUAUUGACCAGACACUUAGGGACGGCUGUCCUUAGGGAAGCCCACCCCCCAGCUCUCGGGUGUGCCUUAUUCUUACCCUGAGCACCUCUCAACCCCUGUAACUUAAAUUUAUAUUUAAAAUAUUUCAAAUAAACUUCUAACCCUGCUUCA